CAUACAGCAGCCUUUCCGGCAGUGCCUUCAUCCGCAUUUGAAAGAAGGACGCAAAGACUCGGAAGAUUUUCUGUGGUUAUCGUACUAAAAAUAUACAAUACUUGUGCUGCAAACUAUUUUAUGGAAAAAUGCAGUUUUCGCCGUAAUAUUAAGGUAUUUAUAUUUCGAUAGUUUGUUCCGCAAUGGCAAGCUUAAUGUACAAUCAAUUAAGACAAUGGCAGUUUUUGUAUCUGUUGCUCGUAUCUGUUUCGGAUUUAAUCUGUAAGAAAAUCCACUACUCAAUCCCCGAAGAACUGGAUAUUGGAGCCUUUGUCGGAGAUAUUUCCGCAGAUCUCGGAAUAGAUGCAAAAUUUCUAACGGAGCGAAAAUUACAGAUAUUGUCCGAGAGCAAAACGCAAUAUAUCGAUGUGAACAUAAACACAGGAUCUCCCUUCAUAAAGGAAAAGAUAGACCGCGAGCAGCUCUGCGAACAAAGCCUCACGUGCGUAUUGAUACUGGAGGUUGUGCUGGAAAAUCCGCUAACGCUACAUGGUGUAGAAAUUGAGAUUCUCGAUGUAAAUGACAAUGAACCGGUUUUCCCGAGAAGUGAGUUAAAUCUUGAAAUCUCCGAAAUGACUGUUGUAGGAACGUCAUUCCCUCUCCCGAGCGCGCAAGUCCGGGACGCGGGAACCAACGGUGUUCGGUCUUACCAACUGAACCCCAACGGGCACUUUGGUUUGAAAUUUCAACCAGGUGGCGAAGACAGUGGCAACCUAGAACUGAUGUUGGAGAAAUCGCUGGACAGAGAGCAGCAAGCCACUUAUCAGUUAAUACUUACCGCGUUUGAUGAAGGGCAUCCCCAGAAGACUGGGACCAGUCAAAUUAAAAUUACUGUUGUUGAUAUGAAUGAUAAUGCCCCAGUUUGUGAACAGAACGUGCAAGAAAUUUCAAUUACUGAAAAUAUCCUCCAUAAUACAUUAAUAGCGAAAGUAACUGCGGUGGAUUUGGAUGAAGGAUUAAACGGUAAAAUAGAAUAUUCUUUCAAUAAUGACACUCCAGAAAAAGUGCGGAAGGUAUUUAGCUUGGAUUCCUCAACCGGAGACAUUACAGUAACUGGUAACGUGGAUUUUGAAGAAAUCCAAAUUUAUCAGAUUACAGUGCAGGCCAAAGAUAGAGGCCCGCAUCCAUUGUUAGCAUAUUGUAAGAUUGUGAUAAUGGUUAAAGAUGUUAAUGAUAAUAGUCCUGAAAUAAUGAUAAAGACUAUGUCGAGCACUGUUCCUGAGAAUAUUAGCACGGAUUCUGCGAUAGCUUUUCUCAAAGUUUCAGACCGAGAUUCUAGAAAUCCGGCAGAUAUUCUUUGCCAAAUCAACGACGCUAUUCCAUUUAAGCUUAACACCUCCUUAAGUAGUUUCUACACGUUAGUCACGCACGGCGACUUAGACCGUGAAAGUGUGCCAGAGUACAACAUUACCAUUACAUGCACCGAUGCAGGCUCCCCUCCACUGUCGUCCAGCAAGACUGUCCAUGUUCUUGUCACAGACAUAAAUGAUAAUGCUCCACGUUUCACUCAGAAUUCCUUCACAAUGUAUGUCAGAGAAAAUAAUGCUGUGGGAGUUUCAAUUGGUUCCGUGUCGGCCGUCGAUCCAGAUUCCAAUAAAAAUAGUCAAAUGACAUUUUCUAUUUUGGAUAAGUUGGUGCAAGGUUUGCCUACGUCAAAUUUCGUCUCAUUGAACGCUGCAAGUGGUGUGAUAUUUGCUGAAAGAUCUUUUGAUUUUGAAGAACUGAAACAAAUUCAAAUCCAUGUUCAGGUAAGGGAUGAGGGAAUUCCUCCUCUCUGUAAUAACGUUACUGUUAAAGUGAUCAUCAUCGACCAAAAUGACAAUGCUCCUCUGAUCGCGUCACCUCUGCCAAAUAAAGAUUCUGUAACUGAAGAGACAAUACCGAGGUCUGCAGAUUCUGGUUAUUUAGUGGCAAAAGUGACAGCCACUGAUGCCGAUUCUGGCCAAAAUGCGCAACUUUUCUAUCAACUUCAGCUGCCCACAGAUAAGAGCCUUUUUACCGUGGCUCACGAAACAGGAGAAAUUUGGACCAUCCGUCGUUUUCUGCGUAGAGAUCCCUCCAAACAAUCAAUUGCAGUUGUGGUAAAGGACAAUGGAACUCCAUCUCUUUCAUCUACUGUCACUAUCAAUGUAUUAGUACAAGACGAUUAUGCAGACAAACCAUCCAUUCCCGGCAGAUUUCAAAUCCCUGGGCGGUGGCAAUAUGAUUUGAAGUUUUAUUUGAUUAUCGCAUUUGGCUCAGCCUCCUUGGUUUUCUUUGUGGCUAUUAUAAUCCUUGGCAUUAAAGUGCAGAAAGAUAGGAUUGAGAAUAACCUUUGUUGGAAAGGGUCAAAAUUCUCGAGGGCAGAGUCGUUUCAUGCGGUUCAAAAAGCUAGCACGAAUCUACAAAUACAACACAAUUAUUUGGAAGUGUAUCAAGGGGAGGUUGUCUCGAAACCAUUUCGUUAUGAAGUCUGUUCAGAUCCAACUAUGAGUGACUUCAUGCUCUUAACGUCGCAUAAUUCUUCCGCCCCCACGAUAUGUAAUACGAAUGGUCCAUGUGUACCUGAAACACGUAUAAAGUCAUCAAACUCUUCGAAUAAGGAUUCAAGUGGAUUUCACCAGGUACGUGAUAACCGGCAAAGGGAUUUGGAGCAAUCUUCGAUGGAAAGGUGCCCUUCUGGACAAAGCACAUUGGCUAAAAAUGAAGUGGAACGGGAACAGAGAAGGUUUCUGGAAAUACAUUCCCACGCAUUAUAGGAAGCAGAAGUUACUUCACAGUGGAUGAAAUGAUUUUAUUUUAUUUUCUGAAUUGUGGCCAGACGUUUCCAUAGGGACUAGUUGUUCUCCGUAAUCUGUCCAAUUUUACUUUCUACCAAUAGCGAUCUCAUUGUAUAUGAGUAUGCUUCAAGCCUUCUACAUUUGUGACUGCAUGUGUUAGUUAUUAGCCAUAUUGUGUGGCUGAAUUGGCCUGUUCUCACGUAGGCAUGCCUCAUAAACAUCCAUCGUCAUAUAUGAUGAUCGAUAUAUGCAUUACAGAACCUUCCUGCGAUUCUCUGAAUAUUGUAAACGUGGAAUUCUAUGAGCAAACCUUCCUGAGGUUCUUUCACGUGUCCUUUUGGAAAUUCCAAAGUCUUUGAAGAAGAUUUAGGCAAACUUAACAAUAGCUCAAUAAUUACAAUUAUGAGUUAAAACAUGGCCUCCGCACUUACUAAAGUGCCAUUUAAAGUCCAGGUGGAUUCUUCAUUUUCAUUAGUUCCGAAUUAAUUGAAUAUAGCCCAAUUGUGAUCGAUGACAAAGGCAAGGAUCAAGUGCGACAGUAGGCCAAAACAUUACGUAUGAGAAAGAGGCCAUCACAACAGACACCAUUUUGGAAGAGGUUAACCGUUGCAAGAGAAGACUAGAAAAGACUAUAGAAUGUGCUUUCUGUUUCGCACUGUAUUAGAGAAUUGAUUCGUGGCCUCGACUUGCUUAUGUAUUGAUAUUUUUCUUUCGCUACCCUUAUUGGGGUUUUUAACUGGUUGAUGGUCUGUCCCUUCAGCUUUUAUUCCUAUGUUAUAUUUGUGACUAUCACGAAAAUACGGAGAUCUUUCUACAGUGAAAAAUACUACUUUCCGUGUUCUAAAUAAUACAUCUCGAUGUUUACAAAGUUAGUUCAACCAAAUAAAAAAAAACUAAGCUGGAAAUUCGUCUUCUCGUGUUCUGGUAGAUUCCAAUCAAGCUAGUGCAGUCAACGUUUAUGAAUUAAUGCGGUUGAUCUUCAGUAAUAAUGGUCCAUAAAGCGUGAAUAAUUUUGGAGACAGAACAAUUACUUGCAGGAGCUCUACACAGCCAGAAUCAAGUUAGUUAUCCCUGCCUUAUAUGAGCUGAAGUUUAUGAUUUGUGGCAGCCGUCAAACCUACUAUAAACUGCGACCUAAGUAAAAGGUGGAAAAAAAGGAAUAAUGAAGUAGUGUUCGUGAGUUCAUGCACUGUUCAGAAAUGUGCUACAACAGGAAUAAAAAGCUCCUCCCGGAUCAUUGAACACGUGUGCUCGGUUCCCUGUACCCACUUCCUGACGAUAGUAAUAAAAAGGGGACAUGGCCCGAUGGUGAAGGUAGCCUCCAUGAGACAAUUCCUCGUGAUGGUGCUGACGUAGUCGGCAACCUUCUGCUGCCCUUUGAAAUCGUUUGUAUUGGAAUGUCCAUACCAGGCUAUGAUGAACCAGUCAGAGUGCGUUCCACCGUACAUCUAUAAAAUUUUGCAAGUCUCUUCUGUGACAUAGCAAUUUCCUCAAACUUUCAACUAAACAGAUGCGCUGAUGUGCCUAAUUUAUAAAUUCAUUAAUGUGUUGGGCCCAAAACAAAUUCUACGAGACACUGAAAACCUUGGAACCUAAAGAGAAAAAUAGAAAUAUUAACUUUAUUUGGCACGUUUAUACCGAGACAGUGAAAUGCAUCCUUUUGCGUCAACAGCGAAGCCCGGGAAUUGCGAUCGGGUCAGUCUGCAAGAGUCGCCCCGCUACCGGAGCUGCCCGCAACUCACUAACCGUAACCGUAUGUCUUUGGAAUGUGCGGUGAAAUUGAAGCGCUCGGAUGAAAGGCACCCGGCAACAGGGAUAACGUGCAAACUCCUUACAUUCAGCAGCGUGAGGCGAAACCCGAUUGGUGGUCGCUAGCGCUGUAGUCCGAUUGUGCUCGGCGCUCUGCUCCCGCGAUGCCCUACUCAUUACAGUGCCCUUCAUCAGUUUCGACCGCUGACCCCUCAGUGGGGAAUGCUGCCACUCCGCCUGGCCUUUCCUUCCUGAAGUCCACCAUAAAUUUCGUGGUUCUCCUGACGCCGAGCAACGAGGUUUUGCAGCGACUCCACUUAAUCAGCCAACCUACCUCAUUCCUGUACGCCUCCUCGAUGCCAUCUUGCAUUUUGUUAAAACAGUCACUUAAAUACGCAAAGAUAUUUAUAAUAGAUAUGCGGAUCUGAUGCGUUCCGUUUCAUAGUUAUUAUUACCGAGUGGUGACGCUACUGCGAACAAGAUAGGUGAAGGAAUUCCAACAAUAUCCACCUCCAAUGAACUAAUCCUUCGCAUUAACGAAAGCUGUCAUGCUGGGUGAUAUUUUAGUAUCCUGCUUAAAUAGGUGUCAAUGAAGCAAAUGGAAACUUUAUUGUCUUCUGCGUAACGCACUGCCCACAUUUCUACUGAGAACAGAUGCUUACUGGUGAUGUGUAAUGUUGUGCUGCCUUGCAUCAAAAUAGUGUGAAUUCAAUUUUAAUCUUAAUUGUCAUAAUUUGGUCAUCACUGCUGUAAGCUUACUGUGAACUCUGAGCAAACGACGAAAACAAAGAAAAUAUAAAUAGCCACGUACUUAUCACAGCGAAAAAGGAAGUCAGAAUAAUUGUAAAAUACUAGUCAAAUUUGUUAUUGGUUAGUGAGUAAGUUAUUUUUAAAAAGAUCUGUAGUGUUGAUUAAUCAUCCAAUUCUGGGUGCCAUUUGACACUAGUACAAAACGUAGACAUCUUUGAUUAUUAAAUUUAGUUAGCACAUUUAUUAUAUCCAUGCUAGUUGCCAAUGUAAACUACAGAAUGACCUGUUCACUAGAUAUUUUAACGUUUAUGUACAUAGUACCAGUUAACUGUUACCCGUACUCUGCUUAUGUGUUGUUUGUAUACUCAUUCGCCUCCUUGAAAUACUGAUUUGCGUUUUGGGGUGGGGGUUGCGUUCAUGUCCACGUGUGAAGUUUAACGCAUUACUCCUGUGAUAACUACCUAAUCGCAUUAAAUAAAUAGCUGGACAACAACAGACAGAUAAGAACAAGCUGCAUAAAUAAAACGUA